AUGUCUGCCGAAUCGAUAAUCCGAUUACACAAUCGAUCGAUGUCAGACAGGAAGCGAACCAGUCAAAGGUUACAGAAAUCUUACGGUGCUUUUGUUUAAUACCUAGACGAGUUGAUUCAAGGUGCAGUCAUUUUCCCGGUGUGUAGAUUUGACAAUUUUAUGAAUGAAUUUCGGAAGUGCGUGGUUGAGUUCGGGGCCUGCAGGUGUGUGUGGGUUGUUGGUGUGUAGAUAGAAAACAACGUGUGUUGAUAUUGGCUUGAGUGUUCAAAAUCGAUGACACACAGUUUUAUAAAAACAUGUGCUUGUAAAUAAGGAUCAUCGCUGGCCUCGUACCAACUCGUUUUGUGGAACGGAUACGAUAUGCAAUGUCGAACAGGAAAAGAAUACUUUUUAUUCCAAAAUUAUCUGUACGAUACCAUAACUAGAAGUGAGUGAUUCAUAAAUGGCUGGAUUCUGGGAAGCAAAAGUCGUUAGUGUUGUGACCACAAUCAAUGGCUAUAGACACACACGUGGUGGUCGUACUCGUUUUGCUGACAGUUAUCAGAUGCUCCGAAUCAGCAUGUUCAGACCUUUGCAAGAACUGUGACGCGUCCACGGACGUUUGUAUCUCGUGUUACGGUGGUUGGUACGGGGACCAGUGCAAUGUGCCCUGCAGUGGUGACUGUCUCUUCUACAGUCUGAACGGAGACUCCGCCAACCACUGCGAUAGACAGACCGGAAGAUGCACCGAAUGCGAUCCGGGAAAAUAUGGAGAGACGUGCAACUUGGAUUGUGGGCGUGGCUGUAUUUACGGUGAAAAAGACGGCAGGAAUGGUAAACAUUGUGACAGAGUAACAGGCGUCUGUUCGUUAGGAUGUGACGCCGCUAAAGGAUAUUACAGCGAUACGUGUGAUAAGAAAUGUAGCAUCGGAUGUGAAGAAGAUUUUAUAAAAGGUGUGAGACCCUGUGAUCCAGAUAACGGGGUCUGCUCUCUUGGAUGUGAACCGGGAUGGAUUGGGAGAAAUUGCGACGAAGGAUGCGGAAUAUACUGCGUGGAGAUUUAUGAUGAUUAUUAUCGCAAAAAUAUUAGACAUUGUAAUAAUGUAACAGGCGCGUGUACUAAGGGGUGCAAUUCGGGAUGGUAUGGAAGUAAUUGCUAUUGUGAUAACGAAGAUUAUCAUUGCGAUGAAACCGGGUGUAGUGAUAUAACAAACAAUUGUAAGAAUUGUUUGAAAGGGUUUUAUGGCGAGAAGUGUCUCACACAAUGCCCAUCUAGCUGUAGGGACGCAGCCUGCGACAGAUUCACGGGGAAGUGCGUGCAGUGUAACGACGGUUGGUAUGGAGAUGAAUGCUCAUGUAAAGGUCACUGUCUGACCUCGGGUAGUGACGACGGAUGUGACGUCAAUGGCGUAUGUACCACCUGUCAACAAGGCUUCUAUGGUUCACUUUGCAACAUGAACUGUUCUACAAACUGUGUUGGUGGACAGUGUAUUAGAGGUAGUGGAGCUUGCAGUAGUUGCAAACCUGGAUAUUAUGGACAACAGUGUGAGAAGAAGUGUGGAGUAGGAUGCAGUGACGCGGGCUGCGAUGUAGAUGAUGGAUCAUGCCAUAGCUGUGUACCUGGUUAUUUUGGCUCCACCUGCAAUGACCGCUGUUCUAUAAAUUGUCAGGUUCAGAACUGCUCGAAAGAUACGGGACAUUGUUUUUCGUGUAAUGACGGUUGGACGGGAGAUCGUUGUCAAUGCAAAGGUCACUGCUUGGUAAAUAAUGGCUGUCAGGCUAAUGGAAUUUGUGAUGCCUGUGUCGUGGGUAAAUACGGGACGGAUUGUAACCAAGACUGUCCAAGUAAAUGUCUAAAUGGCUGUAACAGAACUACCGGGGUCUGUCUUGGAUGUCAGGCAGGAUGGUAUGGAGAUCGUUGUUAUUGUACUGGUGUAUGUCUAUCGAAUGGCUGCGAUAAAACCACAGGCCGGUGUGUUGAAUGUGAAAAUGGCUACUGGGAGGAAAAGUGCACCGAAAAAUGUCCCGAGAACUGUGAUGAUUCAGGAUGCAAUCGAUACGACAGUACUUGUAAAAAAUGCAAACCUGGUCAGUUCGUAGAGAGAAGUCAGUGUUUAUGCAGUGGCCACUGUAAUGAUCAAGGAUGUGAUUUGAAAUCUGGACUGUGUACCCAUUGCGAUCGAGGAUGGCAUGGGUCGAACUGUACGAAAGCUUGCCCGAGCAACUGUUUAGAUAGCGAAUGUAACCGACAAACGGGAGCCUGCGUCAGCUGUAAGGAUGGGUUUUAUGGUACUUCAUGUGGGAAUUCUUGUCCACAGAAUUGUAAAGAUAGCAAAUGCAACAUCAAAACGGGGGAAUGUUUAGAAUGCGAAGGAGAACGUUCUGGAAAGAACUGCACUUGUACGGGAUUCUGCUACGAGGAUAAAUGUACUGAAAACGGAAGAUGUGUUGAUUGUAAAAUUGGAUAUUAUGGAGAGGGUUGUUCAUUCCAAUGCCCAACAAGCUGCCCUAGUUCGUGCGACAGAACACAGGGAACUUGUGAAUCUUGCCCGACGGGUUUCUAUGGAUUGUUUUGCAAUGAACGAUGUUCAAAAUAUUGCAGUAAUAACACAUGUGAUAAAAACACUGGAAGAUGCUCGAGUUGUACUGAAGGAAGAUACGGAGAAAAGUGCUUAUGUAUCGGCCAAUGUGGGAAAACAGAAUGUAAUUUUAAUACUGGUAUUUGUCACGAAUGUGCUGAGGGUUAUCAUGGAGAUAUUUGCAUUACUGCAUGCCCAGUAAAUUGUAAUUAUUUGGGAUGCGACCGUGACUCAGGUGAAUGUUCUCAGUGCAGAGAUGGGUGGUUUGGCCUGCAAUGCACAUGCACAGGUAAAUGUGACAGUUCAGGGUGUGAUAAAGACGGAAGAUGUUCCAAAUGUGAGGCCGGUUUAUACGAUGAAAAGUGUGAUAAAAAAUGUCCCCAAAACUGUGCAGAUGUUUCUUGUAGUAGGCAAACUGGAUUCUGUACGAAAUGUAAGCCAGGCUGGUCUGGACCAAUGUGCGAUUGCAUUGGUCAUUGUGGUAAUGACACGUGCAGCUCUGAAAAAAUAUGUUUAACUUGCAAAAACGAAUGGUAUGGAAGAGAUUGCAGGUCUUCUUGCCCAGAAAAUUGUAAUUCCACAGGAUGUCAGAGGGACACGGGCCUGUGUUUAUAUUGUAAAACUGGCUACUAUGGCAGUAGAUGUUCGUGCACCGGGUUAUGUGGUUCUGGUGGUUGCGAUGAAAACGGUCGAUGUUUUGAAUGUAAGGAUGGCUUAUACGGAGAUAGAUGUCAACGGACAUGUCCUAAACACUGUGGGGAAUCUGCUUGUACUCGGGUUGGUCAUUGUCGGUCCUGUGAAUCUGGCUGGAAUGGACAGAAUUGUGAAUGCUUUGGACACUGCAAUAACAAUAUCUGUAAUGCACUGGGCGUAUGCGAUAGUUGUGUGGACGGUUGGUAUGGGUCCUCUUGCAAUAAGACAUGUCCAGAACAUUGUGAAAACGGCUGCGAGCGAAACACUGGAAAGUGUCUUCAAUGCGAAAUAAACUGGUUUGGUGAGACUUGUUCUUGCACUGGAUAUUGCGGGCAAUCUGGAUGCAGCUCUAACGGGACGUGUUUAGAGUGUGCAUCUGGAUAUCAUGGAAGUAAGUGCUUGCUGACAUGUCCCAAAAAUUGUGAUGAUUCUGGGUGUAAUCGAGCCACUGGGUUCUGUAAAAGCUGUCCAAGCGGAAAGUAUGGUAAUAAAUGUAACUGCACUGGAAAAUGUGAUUCGGGAGGUUGCAACCUGAAUGGAACUUGUUAUGCUUGUGAUGCUGGCUAUACUGGUUCAAAAUGCUUGGAAAAAUGUCCUGAUGAAUGUAAAGAAAGCUUUUGUUUUAGAAACAAAUCCUGCCUCUCUUGCAUAGAAAACAGGUUCGGAAGUCAGUGUCAAUGCUUGGGUCAUUGUCAAGAUGAUAAAUGCAAUACAAACGGUUUAUGUGAUAACUGUAAGAUUGGUUGGUAUGGAGAUAUAUGCAAAAGCGAGUGUCCUGAACAUUGUUCAAAUGGAUGUUAUCGCAACAAUGGUACUUGUCGUGAUUGUGUUUUAUCGUGGUAUGGAAAUAAAUGUGAAUUGGAGUGUCCGAAAAAUUGUGAAAAUGGAUGCGAUAGAAAAAAUGGUAAAUGUUUAUCUUGUAAGUCAAACUGGUUUGGUGAAAGAUGUCAUUGUCGUGGCCAUUGCACUGAUGAACUUUGUCUAGAUAAUGGCAUUUGUCAGAAUUGUUCAAUUGGAUAUUAUGGCAAAAUGUGUUUAGAUACUUGUCCGAAAAAUUGCGAUGGGAACACUUGCAAAAGAGAAAGUGGAAACUGUUUGGUUUGCAAGAAGGAUUGGUUUGGUGAUUCUUGUACUUGUAAAGGACCAUGUGGAGAGGACGGGUGCAAUGAUACUGGUAUAUGUAGGACUUGUGUUCAUGGUCGGUAUGGAGAACUGUGUAACCAGACAUGUGCGCCAUCCUGUGCUCAGUGUGAUAGGGAGAGUGGUGAAUGUAAAGUUUGUGAUCCAGGAAAAUUUGGCGCGCUCUGUAGCAAAACUUGUCAGCCAAACUGCAAAGAUUCUACAUGUGAUAAAACAACAGGUCUUUGUGUGGAGUGUGCCCCUGGAAAGUUUGACGAGAUGUGUGAUAAAAACUGUAGCCUGAACUGUCACGAUGCUUUUUCAUGUAGCAGGGACGGGCACUGCCAUAACGGGUGUAAGCUGGGAUAUCAGCCCCCUGUCUGUGCAGAGCCUCUCCGUCAGAUAGGAAUGCAGAUGAUGGUCAUCGUUACUGUGUUAGUCAUCGGUUUCCUCUUUAUGGUGGUCAUCGUUGUCAUUUGCAUUUGCUAUGUUCGACGAAAAAAGAAGACGAACAAGGAUUUGAUUGUAAAGAUAUCAAAGACCAAUGCGCCGCUCUCGGCCAAUCCCCUCCUUGGGAACAAAGCGUCGGUGAUCCGGAAGCCGGGUAACGCCAUGUUCUCUAAUGGUGUAUACAAUGCGUCGCAACCCCUUAACGUUACAGAUCGUUAUGUAUUAGAGGACUGACAUCCCCCUCCCGAAGAAAUCCAUGCAGUAGCUGACCAAUGGCUUCAGUGAAUGACAAUACUCAAGUGUUCACCAAGCGUAGUCAAAUCAACUUAUUUAUUAUACAGUUUGUUAAGUACAUAGCUGAUGUACUUAAUUUAUAAUCCUGUUUACAUUGUUACGAUGUCCAUGUGUUCACAAUGAGUGCCAUGAGUUUUUUGUUUUACUUAAUUCCGUUUUAUUUUUACGUGUAUUUCUGUGUUUCCUUUUUUAUUCCAUUAUUAUAGAAUGUGGCUUUAAUCUAACAAAAUGUAUUAACAUGAAACUAAGAUACAAACAUGUAUAUUUUGCAAUGUAAGAAACACUGUUAAUUGCAUAAUGAUAGUUUCUAGAACAUUUCAAGGACUGGUUGCCUUUUCAUAGGUAUUAUAAUGGCGUAUUCACUUUUGAAAUUUAACUGAAUUUGUGAUUUUGUGUAUAAAUGUAACUGAGAGAGAGAGAGAGAGAGAGAGAGAGAGAGAAGAGAGAGAGUCCAUUCCUUGCCAUCCUUGUUUUGAUAUUAAAUUUCUUUUUCUGAUAGUUUAUCUAAUUUUUUAUGCUAUACAUAUAUUUUAUUUCUGAUGAGAUAAAUGCAGAAUUUAACAGGCACGUCAGCAUAUAAUGAAAUGGAACUUUUAAGCAAAGAAAAUGGUUCAGUCAAAUCUGGUAUUUGCAUUCGCACCUUAAUGAGAUAUAAUAACUGCACCUAUUUCAUGUAUAUAAUAUGUAAUUCCUACAGACAGUGGCGUAUGUUGGCCACUCAUGAUCUUGUCUAUUAACACUCUGUAAAUAGUAAUUUAAACUCCUUAUGAACCUUCUCCUUAAAUCAUAUUGUGUCGAUUGCAUGCAAUGUUGUAGCUGUUGAAAUACUUGAAGAAUGUUGCGCACACCAGAUGGUUGGAAUUCGCAGCGGAUCUAUACUAAUCCACGAUAUCAAUUUCAUAUUUCAAUUUGUGGGGACCAAUUUUCGUCGUUUAGUAAAUAGAUUUGUGGCAAAUUGAAUAGAUACACAUUACAUUAAUUUUCGCGAUGACCUUCAUACAAAUAUGCAUUAAGGGGUUUCUUUAAAUAUCCACAAUUCCUUAACAGUCAUUCGCGAUCAUUCUUUAGGCAAAUUCAAAUUUACUACUAGUGAUAUUCAUUCUUAAACAUCUUAAGAGGGGAUGUUAUACGCUGAGUUAGUUUUCAUCUGUGCCUGUUUUAAUCCAUAUUAUACAUACUUAUUUUAAGCCGAACUUAUCUGCUUGCAUUGACGCAGAACGGCUUUUGCAUUGAUACAUCAGAAGAGACAUUAAAGGGGCAUGGUCACGAUUUCGGUCAAAUUUUUUCCCCCGAUUUUAAUAUUUACAAUGCUUCAGAAAAGCAUUUUUAAUAGGCAACUGGAAUUUGAGUGUCGUUCGUUGAGUUGUAAGCGAGUUACAGAGCUUGAAAUUCUUUGCUAUGUAAACACAGCGUUUGUUUACAUUUUGAACGUUGAAGUAAAAAUUUCAGUUUGAAACCUAAAACGAAUGUGUUAAACUUUAGGAACUGUUUAUUUGUGCUUAAAAUGAAUAAAAAAUAGACAAAUAAGCUAGAAAAAUAUUUCUUAAUGGUAUAUUGAAUCUAUGUAAACAAAAACAGGGCACGAGUCUUGUUUACAUGACAAAGAAUUGUGAGCCCUGUAUCUUGCUUAUAACUCUACGAAUGACUCUCAAAUUUUAUUUGAUCAUUAGAAAUGCAUUUUUAUAGCAUUGUAAAUAAUAAAAACAUUAAAAUAGAAUUUGACCAACAUUGUGACCAUGCCCAUUUAAUAUACUUUCAUUACAAACCGCAACUUUUAAAUCACUUCUUAUGAUUGGUGUUUUUUUUGUUACUCUUUGUACAUAAAAUUGAACAAUUAUUUAUAUAUUUUGGUAUUAUGCUUUAAUUAACGAAUACUCUUUUUUUUUAGUUAUGAUAUUAUUUGUUUUAUUUGUGAUAAACAGUUUCACUGCUUAAUAUGAGAAGAAUUUAUUAAGAUUCACA